AUGGCGAGGAUGCAGCAGGAGACUGGUCACCCUCCUUCUCCCUUCUUGGCGAGGUUCCAUGCAGAUCUCUUCCGCGUCUCCAUGGCCCUCGCUGGCCAAGCCCUCCUUUGGAGGACCCUCAGCUCCGGCUCCUUCUCCGAUCCAUGGCCUCCCCUCUUCAACUCUAUCGUCGAGAAAUCCUUCUGGCUGCUGGCCGCCCUCGUCCUCUCUUCCUCCUCCCUCGCCUACCUCUUCAAAUCCAUCUUCCACUUCCACGUCGUCAAGGCCGAGUUCCUCGACCGGUGGAGGGUCAACUACCUCUUCGCCCCAUGGAUCGCCGCCAUCUUGCUCCUCCAGUGGAGCAAAUUCUUCAACUGGGGCCACCUGGCGCCGCCCAUUUCAAGGGCCCUCUGGUGCGCCUUCACGGCGGCGGUAUUGCUGCUGGAGGUCAAGAUAUACGGCCAGUGGUUCACCAAGGGCAAGCGCUUCCUCUCCACCGUCGCCAACCCCUCCACCCACCUCUCCAUCAUCGCCAACUUCGCCUCCGCCCAGGCCGCCGCCCGGCUAAACUGGAUGGAACCCGCCUUAUUCUUGUUCUCCGUGGGUAUCGUACAUUACCUGGUGGUGUUCGUUACGUUGUACCAGCGGCUUCCGUGCAACGCUUCUUCGCCUGCACGGUUGCAGCCGGCGAUCUUCCUGUCGAUCGCGGCCCCCAGCAUGGCUUCCGUGGCAUGGGCCUCCAUCUCCGGCCACUUCGACACCGCCUGCAAGAUGCUCCAUUUCCUCUCCAUCUUCCUCUUCUUAAUGCUGAUUGUGAGGCCAACUCUUUUCGCAAAAGCAAUGAAGAAAUUCAAUUCUGCGUGGUGGGCAUACGUGUUCCCUGUCACGACGCUUGCACUCUCAUCAGCUGAGUAUUCGGUGGAUGUGGGUUCCGCGGUAGCCCAUGGAAUCCGAAGGGCCAUGUCCUUGAUCUCGCUGGCCAUGACGCUCGCCUUGAUUCUGCUCACACUCGUUUACAGGAAAGCCGUGUUCGAUGAUGACACGUCUCUCUUUCCUAAGCAGACAAAAGUUCUGCCAAUCUCUUCACCAACAGCCAGUCCGGCCAUGGAGAAGCAUGUUCCCGACCAAACCACCCUGGAAGUCGGAAGAUGA